AUGUCAUAUUUGAGCGGGCAAGCUAGCGUCAUUAGCAUGGCUACCGACGAGCCGGUGGCGCCGAGCGACAUGACGCCGCGGGUGAUGGGCGUGAUCCUGAGCAUCUCCUCCUGCCUCAUCAUCUCCACCAACCUGCUGGUGGCGGUCGCUCUGCUAAAGCUGCUCGUCAAAAAGCGAAGCCAGAGCUGGUGCUUCGUCCUCAACUUGGCGCUGGCCGACGCCCUGGUGGGUGUGGCCAUCACGGGCCUGGCCACGGAGGACUUCAACAGCAACUAUGUGGCUCAGAACCAGCGAGGCUUCAUCGCCGCCACCGUCGUCGUCGGUCCGCCCACCAACGCCACGCCGGCCGCUCAGGAAGGCAAGGUGCGAUGUUUGAUGCGAAUGGCCUUCGUGAUGUCGCCCUGCACGGCGUCCAUCAUGUCCAUGUUCCUGAUCUCGCUGGACCGCUACGCAGCCAUCAAGAUGCCGCUGCGGUACUCCGAGCUGUCCGGGAAGGGGACGGCCGUCGGGUCGCUGAUGGUUCUGUGGAUCAGCUCGCUCAUGAUGGGAUUCUUGCCAGUCAUGGUUCGGCAGCUGCAGGCGGAAGAAUACUCCGGCUUCUGUGCCUUCUUCUCCGUCAUCCACCAGGUGGGCAUGGUCGUGUUAUUCAUCGCCUGCUUCUUCCCCAUGCUCUCCAUGUUCCUCUACAUCUACCUGGACAUCCUGAAGAUCGCCUGCAGCCACCAGAAGCAGAUCUGCCAAGUCAGGCAAGCUGGUUCCAGGACGGAUAACCAUCAAGGCUACGAGCAUCACCACCACCACCAUCACCACCACCACCACCAGCAGCAUCUGAGGAGCCAUUACUGGAGCCACGUGAAGGCCCUGAGGACGGUGGGGGUGCUGGUGGGCUGCUUCCUGGUCCUCUGGUGCCCCUUCUUUGUGGUCUGCUUAGUGCACCUUCUGUGUGACAGCUGCCAACUCACCGGCGUGUUGGAGAAUUAUCUGUGGCUGUUGGGGCUGUCCAACUCCCUCAUCAACCCGCUGGUGUACGCCUUCUGGCAAAAGGAGGUGCGGCUGCAGUUGGCGGCCAUGUUUUCCUGCUUCACAGGCUGGUCGCUGGCCGCUGGACCACCAGGUGUAUCAGGGAGGUUUGACCAGCAGCCCCCCAUGCUGACUCAAGCCGACGCUUCUGGUGGAGAAACCCUCAACCCGUCGUUGUCGAGGCCAAUUAUCGACAACGACAAGGCUCAAACUGUCACGAGCAGCUUGUGA